AUGCUCGCAUUGUCUCAGGGCUAAGAGGAUUUAUUUUAAACGGAUCGUUCAAAAGUGCUUUAAUAUUUUGUAUUGGUGAUUGCGCGAGAAAGUGAUAAAAACAAGUUUUGACAUCGCGUUUCCCUCGGUUAAUUGUGCGUGAUUUUUGGCAUGUGCGAUUGAGCAGGAAGGCCAAAAGAGAGGAUCAAAGUGAGAAAGAAUUUGAACGAAUUGUCAUUACGGUGCGCUUAUACACGGAAAAUAUUGUUAUUUAUAAUGGACGGAAGCGUUCCGGUCGACAAGAAAAAAAAUCCGAGAGAAGGCGCGAACUUGCUGAGUGCUCUGACAUUUUCAUGGAUGCUCAAGACCUUUUGGGUCGGUUAUCGAAGAGAGCUCGAGAUCGAAGAUCUCACUCGACCUCUCGAUGAGCACAAAAGCAGCCUUCUCGGGGAUAAAAUCAGCGUUGCUUGGGAAGCUGAAUUACGGCGCGUCGACAAACUCGAAGCUAGUUACAACGGGAAUAAAAAAGGAUCGAGCCAAAAUGUCGAGAAGGAAAAAGAGGAAAAAACUUAUCGAAAAUUCCAACCAAGUCUCAUGAGAGUUUUGAUCAAAGUCUUUGGAUUCAAAAUUAUGCUUUACGGCAUUGCUCUGGCCUUUUUCGAAAUCAUCUUCAGGGUGUUGCAGCCGUUGUUCCUCGGAGGAUUGUUACAAUAUUUUUCCGGAGUGAAUCCGUCGAGGUCGAACGCUUAUCUUUGCGCAGUUGGUGUGAUAUUGUGCUCCGCGGUACAGACGCUCUUCAUGCAUCCAUAUAUGAUGGCGAUAAUGCACAUGGGUAUGAAGAUGCGCGUGGCUUGUUGCUCUCUGAUUUACCGAAAAACGUUGAAGCUAUCGAAGACGGCGCUGGGUGAGACAACGAUCGGACAAGCGGUCAAUCUUCUGUCGAACGAUGUCAACCGGUUCGACGAUGCGAUCAUAUUUUUUCAUCAUCUCUGGGUCGGACCCCUCCAAGCAGUUUUUAUAACGUACUUUUUGUAUCAGCAAGUCGGGCUGGUCGCUUUGAUCGGCGUAGCCUUACUCUUGAUGUGCAUACCGCUUCAAGGAUUCCUUGGCAAAAAAACUUCUUCCCUGAGGUUACAAACUGCCAUAAGAACCGAUGAAAGAAUUCGUCUCACUAACGAAGUUAUAACUGGCAUCCAACCCAUCAAAAUGUACACGUGGGAGAAUCCUUUCAGCAAUGUAAUAGAAAAAGCACGGGGGCGCGAGAUCAAGGUCAUAAAAUCGACGUCUUACAUCCGAGGUUUCAUGAUGUCAUUGAACGUGUUCACUACCAGGCUGUCCCUCUUCAUAACUCUACUCGCUUACGUACUUGGUGACGAAAAAAUAACUGCCGAAAAAGUUUUCAUAAUGACGGCUUAUUAUUUUGUAUUGAGGGAAGCAAUGACAGAAUUUUUUCCCCUUGGAGUAACUCUGGCAGCCGAAGGUUACGUUUCAAUCAAGCGAUUGCAAAAGUUCAUGAUGUACGACGAAGUUGAUGACAUAAGCGAAAAUCGAAAUAGGUGUGAGAAACCUGACGUCAAAGGGGAGACAAAAAGAAAACCUCAACGGACCGAGAAACCUGUGACGGGAAGCUGUCGCGAGGGCACCGGUGGCGAUGGUUCCAUUAUUCUUAGUGGUUGCCAUGCAAAAUGGCUGGAUUCGGACAGCGAGGAUACGCUACAUGGAAUCAAUCUCAAAGUAAAUCCGGGCCAACUUGUGGCUAUUGUUGGACAGGUCGGAUCUGGGAAAUCGAGCUUACUAAACGUCAUUUUAAAGGAAUUACCUGUGUACUCCGGUACUGUCGAGGUGAACGGCCACAUCGCGUACGCGAGUCAAGAGCCUUGGCUAUUCGCCGGUUCGGUGCGGCAAAAUAUACUGUUCGGGCGAAAAAUGGAACAGCGUCGUUACGAACAGGUGGUCAAGGUCUGUCAGCUCAAACGAGAUUUUUCUCUUUUGCCUUACGGGGAUAAGACGAUAGUGGGAGAGCGAGGAAUCAGUUUGUCCGGUGGUCAACGAGCAAGAAUAAAUUUAGCGAGAGCAGUGUAUGCUGAUGCUCCGAUAUGUUUAUUGGACGAUCCUCUGAGCGCCGUCGAUGCCCACGUUGGAAAGCACAUGUUCGAGGAAUGCAUUGAGAAGCAUUUGAAAGGCAAAACCAGAAUUCUGGUAACACAUCAAAUGCAAUUCCUUCGAAACGUCGAUUGGAUCGUCGUUCUUAAAGAGGGUGCUAUUCAGGCAGAAGGAACUUAUAAACAAUUGGCAGAGAUGGGUGUAGAUUUUGGUACAUUGCUAGAAGCCCAAUCCAAACAAGACGAGGCAUCCUCGGUACCACCGAGCCAAAGUAAUUCUCGUCGCACGAGCAACACCUCGCUCUGUUCUUCGGGAAUCAAUGAAACUGUCGGCAGUGGCGGACAAGGAGAGCCUGAAGAAGUAGCCGAGAUGCGUACGAAGGGCAGCGUGAGCAGUAAAAUUUAUUGGGCGUACUUACGAGCCGGUGGUAAUUGGUUCGUGAUAUUCAUCGUUUUUGUAUUAUUCGCCGCAUCCGAAUUGGUUGCCAGCGGUGGUGAUUAUUUCAUCGCUGAAUGGGUCAAUAUGGAGGAACGAGAAGAUGCAAAUAAAACUCUGAAAUCGGAGCAAAUUAGAAGAGGAAACCAGAAUGAAACAGAAAUUCACGAAAGAUUUUUAGACACUUACACGUGCAUUUACAUCUACAGUGGACUGAUCGUACUUACUAUAUUUAUUACUCUCGUUCGAUCGUUCUCCUUCUUCGAGAUGUGCAUGAAAGCUUCGAUAAAACUUCACGAUCAAAUGUUUCGAAGUAUCAGUCGCGCGACGAUGCGUUUUUUCAAUACGAACACAUCGGGGCGUGUGCUCAAUCGGUUCGCUAGAGACAUGGGUUUUGUCGACGAAUCGUUGCCUUUAACGAUGAUCGAUUGCAUACAAAUCAGUAUGACACUUCUGGGCAUCAUAAUCCUCGUUAGCAUCGUGAACCCGUGGCUCUUGAUACCGACCGUAGUCAUUGGAAUUAUUUUCUAUUAUUUGCGAGUCGUUUAUUUGGCAACGAGCAGAAGCGUUAAACGUCUGGAGGCAAUAUCACGGUCGCCCAUAUACAACCAUCUGAACGCGACGCUCCAGGGCCUUGCGACGAUACGAUCGUUCGACGCUGCUGAAGUGUUAAUCGAGGAGUUUGAUCACCAUCAAGAUCUCCAUUCAUCGGCUUGGUACAUAUUCAUCGGUUCAGCUCGCGUAUUCGGCUAUUGGCUGGACAUUUUUUGUCUCGUUUAUAUUGCUCUGGUGACACUGAGUUUCCUGGUGCUGAAUAACGAUCCCACCUCGACGCCGGGUGGAAACGUGGGUCUCGCGAUAACUCAGAGUAUAGGAUUGACGGGAAUGUUCCAGUGGGGAAUGCGCCAGAGCGCUGAAUUGGAAAAUCGGAUGACAUCGGUCGAGCGUGUGCUCGAGUACAGCAACGUCGAGAAAGAACCGCCUCUUGAGAGUUCACCUAAUAAGAAGCCAAAAGCAACGUGGCCCGAGAAAGGAAAAAUUGAAUUUAAAAAUGUUUAUUUGCGCUAUGCGCCGCUCGAUCCGCCGGUACUGAAAAAUCUCAAUUUCACGAUAAAGCCGCACGAGAAAAUUGGCAUUGUCGGUAGAACCGGAGCUGGAAAGUCCUCUUUGAUCCAGGCACUCUUUCGUCUCGCUGAUGUCGAAGGUAGAAUCGAGAUCGACGCUGUCAACACGGGUGAGAUCGGCCUCCACGAUUUACGUUCCAAAAUCAGUAUCAUCCCCCAAGAACCUUUUCUCUUUUGCGGUUCUUUGCGCUCCAACCUCGAUCCUUUCGAAGCCUACACCGACAUUCGAUUGUUAGAAGCUCUGGAAGAAGUUGAGCUCAAAGAAUUGGGCCUCGAGAUUCGAGUGAGCGAAGGCGGCGGCAACUUGAGCGUCGGCCAACGUCAACUGGUCUGCUUGGCCCGUGCCAUCGUACGCAACAAUCCCAUACUCGUUCUCGACGAGGCAACCGCCAACAUAGAUCCUCGCACCGAUGAGCUCAUACAGAAAACAAUAAGACGCAAAUUCGAGAAUUGUACUGUACUCACAAUAGCGCAUCGACUUAAUACCGUUAUGGACAACGAUCGAAUACUUUUGAUGGACGCUGGAUCUGUCGUGGAAUUCGAUCAUCCUCACAUUCUCUUGGAGAACACAAAGUCCGGAUAUCUGUACAGCAUGGUCCAAGAAACCGGCCAAACGAUGGCAGAAGGAUUGGCGGAAAUAGCAAAAAGGAAUUACUUAUUGCGCCAAGGUUCGCCGUCUCAUUGAUCGUUCCGUUUUCACUUGGGCGCCAACCUGACUGUUAACGUCAGUUAUUCAAAGUGCCUCGUCGUAGUUCGACGUUCGGAAAGUCCAAGUAUUUCGUGAUCUACGUUCGAAAUUAUUUCGAAUUUCUCAAUCCUAUUCCUGUUAUUUUUUGCUCAACAAAAACAGUGCUUGACGUUAUUCAGAAGUGAUGAAACGACCUCGUUUAUUGUACGCGUUAAAUGUACUUAUCGAUACUCGACAACCAUCACGCUGCGAUUGACUCGCACGCGUGUCCUGCAACUCCUCUCAACAGGCAGUAUUAUUCUAAUUAAUUAGGCAUCCCGAGCCAUUUUAUCCAGUAAAGAAAGUAAAUUAAUUUAUUCAGAAAACCAAGUGAAUAUUUUAUCUCGAACUAAUGAAACUGUGUAGAAAAUGUUGUCGAGUAUUUUAAAAUCAAGAUUAUUAAACUCUGCCGAAAAUAGAAGCUAAUGAUGAAGCGAGACGACCUCGAACGUGACUCAAUGUCAAAAAUUCCGAUAACAAAGAAUUAAUCAUAUUUUUGUAUCAUUGUAUCUUCGUCUACGAUCGAUAGGAAGCUGUCUUCGAAAUAUCACAGAAGUAUAAUUGUAAUAUACACUUUUUAUAUUGAAAAUCUUGAUUUACAACAUUGACAUAAAUCUUGAUCUCGAACAUAGAAGAUUUUCAAUAAUUGUAAGUUUUCCUGUCUGCUCGGAGAGGAACUCGUCGAAUGCUCCGUCUCGUUGUUCCGUUUACGUAAUUUUUGCGAUUCGUUAUAUCACAUCACGAUGGUUGUAUUAUUCGUCGACGUUAUUUUACGAUUAUUAUCAUUGUUGCAUCUAUUGUGUAAGAUUAACGAUCGCGUGCGAUACUUGAAGUGUGAAAAAAUUGUAAAUCUCUUGCGCACCAGUAAGUGCCUGAACCGAAGAAAAACAUUGCCACUUAAUAACGACGUA